AUGAGAUUCGAAUGAAGAGAGGCGUCGACGAAUUUCGAGAGGUGAAGAAAAUAUGGUGCCAGAGAAGCAGCAUCAUCAUCAUCAUCAUCAGCAGCAGCAGCAGCAUGAUCACACAGACGACAGAUGAUGAACAGGUCGCCUCGGGCCUGGGAGGGGGAGGGGUGAGUCUUACCACACCACCUUUCUAUCAGCUGUUCCAUAAGGGGGGGGAACAGCUCGGCUCGCAGUCGGCAAGCAAUGUCCAAGUCUAUCACUCUUGCUUAGAACUGUUUCUCCUCAUCGAGCAUCACCUUGAAACCAGUGUGUGGAGCCUGAACAAAGUGGCUGUUGCGUCACACUGACGAUGAUAUGAUAUAGCAAUCAAAGCAACCUCUAAGGUGGUUUCAAUAUAGAAUUGUUCGUUUGUGAGUACAAAUUUACAAAUGUAUGUUCCCCUGUUCGUGAUCGUCACCUCACAGAGUAGUGUCGUCUAGAUUAUUUGAAUUUAUUUGAAGCACGUGCAUAGAAAGGCUAGUAAAACUAUGAGUGCGCUCUCAGCUAUCAGGUUGACAAUAUUGAAUGUGCAUUUAUUUCUCAGUUGUAAUCAAAACAGUGUAGACGCCAUCUAAAAUACAUCAACCUAUCAACAACUAACCCCUUAUUCUUUAAUGGAACAUAACUUUAAAAGUGUAAUAAUUCCAAAAAUAUUUUAGAAAUUUUUAACGCCUCCUAUAGGAAAUUAGUCAUCGUAUAUAGGUAUCCAUAUCCAGAAUCCUUCCCAAGUCCUUGUACAUUGUGCUAGUGAAUAAAUAAUGUUUCCAGCCCCUGUUGCAUCGUAAGGAACCUAUUACGAGUAUAAAUUGAAAGCAAUAAUAUUCAUGUUAAUCUUGCAAUAUGUAAAGAUAAUGCAGUUUUAUUCUAAACAAUUACAUUUUGAAAAAAAAUCAGGGAGUAACUAUACAGAUGUUGUUUUCUACUCACAAUUAUUACUCUGUUACUUAUUGAUAUUCAAUUGAGAUUUCUCAUGUAGAAUUUUAUUUGAAGUUUCUAGGGACUUGUAGUUGUUAGUAAUCAAAUUUCCAGUACUAAUAGUUAUAUUAAUUUUUCAACCAUAUUAUGAUUUUUUUAAUCUGUCAGUGCUUCCUAUCAACUUAAUGUGGUGAGUACAAAUGAGUGUCGUAGUGUAUUCACUAUAAUAAUAUUAUCUGCGAUACAUUUAGUCAGUUAUCUUGAUAUCAUCGUCGUCUUAUUUUUACAAUAAUUAUAUAGCCUUGAGCCUGAUAUUUCACUGGCCAAAUGCUUUUGAAAAAUCAUAAAGUAUUUAACAUUUCAACGACUGUUAUAAAUAAUUAUAUAGAUAUUAUAAUAUAUAUAUUUUUAAACUGAUGUAUAUUCUUUUGAUAUGGGUGGCUUUUUAUGAUAUACCAAUCAUCGAUAUUAAUGUUAUAAACAUAUAUUGAUAAUUAUACACUUUAGGUUGUGUGUAAAGUGAAAUGUGUGUAUCUUAUAGAAUAAGAAUGUCAAAAAUUGUUUUGUUAGUUAUUAGUUAAUUUUAGAAUAAUUAAUAACGUAUUUUCUUCACGCUCAUUAGUUGCUAUUAUUAAUUUUUGUUUGUUUUUAAAUAAUACUGUUAUGGAUUACAACUAGGUCAUGUUGAAUAUAUUCUUAAUUCAUGUCAUUAGGAUUGUAAAAUUCUAGUGCAGCUUGUUUUUCUAUUAGUGGUAUUAUAAAUUUAUUUGUGUCCCACAAGAAAUUUCUCCAUAUUAUUGCCGUCUAUUUUCACGUUGGAGUCGAUCGAUUACAGUUUACAAAGACUCAAUUGUUUAAUUGUGAAAAAAUAUACUGAAAACUUUUAACGAUUCACUGACAUGCACUUACAAAAAUAAAUUACGUCAGUAUUCACGGAAUCAAAUAAGCUAUUGUUGGCCCUCAUUUCAAACAAUUAUUAUAAUUUAAUGCUUGUUAAACGAAAAAAAUAUUACCAUGAUACAUGCUUUCAUAUUACUUUUUUUAAUAAUUGAACAUCACCUAAUGGAAUGGAUAGAAAAAUUGUCAUCUAUUUUGAGAUGAAAUGUCUGAUUCUAGCAUUUCUGUUUGACGGAAGGUUAUCUGUAAACAAUAUUUUUUUUAUUCAAUUCAACUUAUUGUUAAAAGCUAUAUAAUGUAUUAUUUUUAUAUUCAUCUAUCUGAAACUCCGACCAUACUGCAUGUAAUAAGUAAUCUUAGAUGUGUUUUAUUUUUAUAAGGCAGCUGUAAAUAAUCAACUUUGACUGUAGUUGAGUGAAAUAAUUGAGAUUAGGGAAAACCUAAGGAUUAUUGUUGUCCUUCACCGUUCACACAUUUAUCAUUAUCUGACAAUCAGAUUGCAUUAUUUUCAGUAUAGAAGUGUCAUUCUGACCCAUCUUAUACUGCAUAAUUCACUUGAAUGUCACAUGAAAAUAACUGAAAAAUUGUUCAUACAUAUCUUUCAUAUAAUAUUUGUUGAUAUUAGUGAAAAGUUUUUAGUGGUAAGCUCUUGAAUACCUCU